AAGAAAAUUAGUACAGAAAGUUCUGUCGGAUUCUGCGUGUAGUCGCCAUUUUUCAGAACGAGGUGUUGGUGGCAAUUUCUCAGCUUCUUUAUUCCCAGUCUUCAGCCUGUCUGCAUUUACCCAUUUUAAACUCAGCGUUGUGAAUUACGCUAACAUAUUUUAAACCGAUGCGGAACUUAAAGCGAAUGCGCUCUCCAGGUGUCUGGCUGGAUGAGUGCAUCUGGGAGGAAAGAAUGGAGUGUCGUAAACGCAGAAAACGAGAUUCGUACAGCAGCGAAAGAGAAAACGGAUCCAGAAAAGCUCCCCAUUAUCACAAGACUCAUGGCGGGCAAUACCUGGAGGCCCACAGCUUAAACCAGAUGCUGGAUUCUCAUGAGAAGUUCACACAUGAAUGCAGCUUUGAUGUGGCCUGCGAUAAUGAGAGUCGUGAAGAUGCCUACAAGGAGAAAGACCUUGACUGGCACCACUACAGCAAGUCAUCAGGCCGUAGUGGGCACAGCAAACGAAGCAGUCACAGGCAUAGAGACAGAAGGCGCAGACGAAGUCCUUCACGCCACAGGUCCUCCUCGAGGACAAGCCAUCGUCGCAGGAGCAGGAAAAGAUCCCGGAGUGUUGAGGAUGAUGCCGAGGGUCACCUCAUCUAUCACAGUGGAGACAUGCUGAGAGCGAGAUAUGAGAUUGUGUGUACUCUAGGAGAGGGUGCCUUUGGGAAAGUCGUUGAGUGCAUUGAUCACACAAAUAAUGGAGCUCGAGUGGCUCUGAAGAUUAUUAAAAACAUUGACCGCUACCGAGAAGCAGCUUUGUCUGAAGUAGACGUGCUUAAACAAUUGAACUCCCUCAACACUGACAAUAGAUAUGCUUGUGUGCACAUGCUGGACUGGUUUGACUACCACGGUCAUGUCUGUAUUGCCUUUGAGCUGCUCGGCCUCAGCACGUAUGACUUCCUGAAGGAAAACAACUUCCAACCUUUCCCUGUGGAACAAAUCAGGCACAUGGCUUACCAGAUCAUUAAAGCUGUGAAAUUUCUGCACAAGAACAAACUGACUCACACAGACUUGAAGCCUGAAAAUAUUCUCCUAAUAGAUUCAGAUUAUGAAAUGGAAUAUAACCAUGAAAAGAGAAGAGAUGAGCGAACACUGAGGAAGCCCAAUGUGAAAAUAGUUGACUUUGGUAACGCCACCUUUGAUCACGAGCACCACACGUCUGUGGUGUCGACACGUCAUUACCGUGCUCCUGAAGUCAUUUUAGAUUUGGGCUGGGACCAUUCCUGUGACGUCUGGAGUAUUGCUUGUAUACUCAUCGAGUAUUACCUCGGAACAACCCUCUUCCAGACUCAUGACAGUAAAGAGCACCUUGCAAUGAUGGAGAGAGUUCUGGGCCCCAUUCCUACUAACCUGCUGGAGAAAACCAAAAAAAGGCGAUACGUUCAUCGCAACAAGCUGGACUGGGAUGUUCACAGCUCAUCGGGGAGAUACGUCAAGAAACACUGCAAACCCCUUAAGCAUUACAUUUCUUCCAAACGUGAAGAGCACAGUCAGCUCUUCGACCUGAUCGAGAAGAUGAUGGAGUACGACCCGACAAAGCGCCUCAGUUUGGAGCAGGCCCUCAGACAUCCCUUCUUCUCCUGCUACUACAAGACCAGCAGCAGGAAGAGCACCAGCAGAAGCAGCAGCAGUAGUAAAUGAGGCUGGACUUGUGAACUUUGACCUUUUGGCCAAGCCCUUCCUGUCACAGAUCCAUCAGCCUGCAUCUCCUGACCGUCCAGGAGAGAACAUCUGACUGUAUCAGUCACUGCCCUGCCUCGUCCCACUCACUCACGUCACACGUCUUAAUGUCAUGAAUGCAACUCCAGUUCGUCUAGGUUUUUUUUUUUUUCUUUCAUUAUUUAAAUUGUAACAUGGCAACGCUCAUAGAACUUUUUAAAUGAAUGAAUCUGUAAUUUUGCCAUUUUGUUUUUCCUCGCUCUGCUUGGUGAUGAAGGGGGUGGGUAAUGUAACAUGAACACAGCCUUCAUGUUGUUUUUGUUUUAUGGAUGUGUAUAUUUAAAAGAAUUAAGGCAGGAAGCUUGUACAUAGAACUUGUUCAGAUAUUUACAUUUUUGAUUUAGUAAUGUAAUUUUUUGCAACGUGUCAAUAAAGAUGACAGCA